AUGAGUGUCUUCUAAAAUGCAUUAAUGUUUUCAAUCCUUUCCUAUGGAUUUUUAUAUGAUUUUAGAUUUAUAAUGCUUUUCUUUGGCUUUUUAGGUUUCAAUAUGCUUAUUUAUUACAUUAUUCCUGGUGGAAAAUGUAAUAAUAUUCGAAGAAAAAUCCAAAUAGCUACAUGGGAAGAACCUAAAGAAGGUUUAAUACACAUAAAAAUGGAAAUUGAUUGCACAAAAGUAUUAGAUUUUUUAAGUAAUUAUAAACCAGAUGAGGUGAAACCUACUUUAACUCAUUUUGGUAUAAAAGCCGUUUCUAAUAUUCUAGAUUAGUCCAGACUAAUAAUAAAUGGAAAAUUAAUGUUUGGAAAAUUUGUUCCAUUUGAAACUGUAGAUGUUACAUGCUUAAUCGAUAUAGAUAAUGGAAAUGAUUUAGGAGCAAUAACAAUAAGAAAAUGCGACGAAUUAAGUGUACUUGAAUUAGCUAAAUAUGUAAAAUAAAAAAGUGAAAAAAUAAAGAAAUCUAAAGGAGAUAAUAUACAUAAAAAAAGAAAUAAUUCCUUGUAAUAUUUUCCUCCUUUUAUUGUGAGUGUUAUUUUAUAAUUAACUAAAUGGUUUUCUUAUUAUUUCGGUUUAAAUUUACCUUUCUUAGGUAUUAAUAAAAAUAAUUUCGGGGGAGCAAUUGUUACUUCUAUAGGUAUGUUAGGCAUUGUAGAUGCUGUCGCACCCCAUUGUAAUUUUAUGAAUUGUCCUGCAUUACUUGUCUUGAAUAAAGUUAUUGAUAAACCUAUUGUUAGAAAAGGGUAGAUUGUUAUUGCGAAGGUUAUGAAUUGUAAUUUUACUGUAGACCAUAGAUUUAUUGACGGAGGUAAGGCUAGAUAUAUAAAAACCGCAUUUAUUGAUGUUUUUGAAAAUCCUGAAAAAUUCUUUGAUAAUCCUUCUCCUUUGUAAAGUGAAUAAAAAUCUAAAUGA